UCCAUUGUAAGCCUGCACAUGAUCAUCGCCGGCGGGAUCCAGGUGACAGUUCGGGAGCCCACGGCCACGGAGACCGACAUGCCUCUGGAACAUGUCCGUGCUCUUGUCGCCAGGGCGCAGUUUGGAGACGGUCCCCUUGAGAUCAUCAGCAAACAAGCCUUCAGAGCUGCUCAGGUUGGUCUGGGAUGUUUAGGCAUCAUCUAUUCCGUCAUAUUCAAGUGCGUGCCCCUCUUCGAGAUCAUGGAACAGCGCCGCCUAACGACUUUCACAUGGCCUGCCUCUGGGGACUCGCUGGAUUUCAGGAUCCCCAGAAACUUCGACAGCAACUACAUCGGCUCCAACGAAUUCUUCUCCUUCUUUGUGAACCCGUUUCCGAAGAAAUGUUGCUCACGUGAAGGAUGGUUGGGACCUGGAGUGGAACAUGUCCGAGUUGUGUACGUCAGAGGAAGGAAGGCUACAGAGAACGACUACCUAUCCAGACCUCCGUGUCGCGACGCAUGCGCGUGCUGCUGUUGUGAAGGGUGCAGGGGGUGUACUGCCUGUGAAGGUUGUAAGACGGACGUUUGUGCGAGCUGUUAUUCAAGUUACGUCAUGCGUGAGCCCAGCUCCAUCCCCGGCUGGAUAGACAACUGCAUGAAGAUGUCCAUUCACAAGGGGCAUUACGUUAACACCUGGUACAAGGUGCUGCAGUACAACAAAGGGACCGCUCACGUGGCGUCUUCUGAGUGGUCGGUCGCUCUGGAGGACCUGGAGGCCGCCCUUGGUGACGUCAUUGCCAUGGCAGUGGAUUAUGGGAGGAAGCACAACUACUUCAACCUGAUGCCGCUGUCCUGCCGUCUGACCAAGUCUGACGAGGCCUACCUCAGUCUGGCCAACAAGUACAGGCCGGACGGUAGCGAGUGUGAACGUUACGCACAUAUAGAGCUCCCUUACUUCCCAGGCUCGUACGGAGUGGAGGAGUUCCACCGCGCCCUGGAGGACAUGCUGUACGAGAGGUACCAGGCACGGGCGCACUGGGCUAAGAACCGCUGGUUCGACGCACGGCGGGUGCACGACCUCUACCCGGCACUGGAGCACUGGAAGGAGGUCUACACAGUCUUCAACAGCGACCACACGUUCGACAACCAGUUCACUGCCAGGUGCGGGUUCGAGGACAGUCAUGAGGUCAUGGCGAACUUUCCUGAGAGGUCAGGUCACAUGACCUGGCGGAGGAAGGUCGGAGGUUACGUCAUCUACAAGACGGACGGCAGCCCGGCCAUCACCCGACAGCCCAGCCGCAUCAGCAGACAGUCCAGCCGCUCCAGCCGCUCCAGCCGGCAUGGCAGCCAGAGCCGCAGGCCAAACAUGAAGACGUUCCAGUAGGGGGCGCUCCUGCACACAGACGACAUAAAACUGACGAUGAUGUCAUAGAUUCCCAGCUUCGGCUCAAAAAUUGAACUGCGUUUAAAAAAAAAAAAUCAAACUGAUACUGUAGAUAGUUAGUGUGGCUUGGCGCUAAGAGAUCCAAAUAUUCCAUUUCAAUUUCUGAAUUGGAGGUAGAAAUAUUUACUUCUAAUAAGUUGUAUGGAUUACUUUGAAAAUUGAAAGAAGCAAACAGAAAUUUUGUUAACGUUGAAGGAAAUCUGUGUCAAUCGUUAAAACUUCAUAGCGCUCAAACGUAAUUUCGUCAACGUAGGAUAAUCAUACCAAUUCAGACACGUUGAAGACCAAUAAGUUAGUAGUAGCGACAAUAUUUAGAAUGGUAUUUUCCGUACAUUGUAUCAUUGAAUCAUAGUUUCUUAACGUUUGUCAGUCCGUUAUGUGGGGAUAGACCUUAUAGAGCAGUGAAGAGAAAAAAUAGAGAUACUAACGUUUAAUAGUAUAUAACAUAUCGCAGUAAAAUGUAUUUACGCAUUUUGUGGCACAAUUGUUUGACUACAUCACACGCGAAUAAAUUGCACUUGAUUAUGGUUCAAGGUUGUAAAACCAUCGUGAAUAGUUGGGCAACUUCAGCACAGUGUCGUGAGAGUCAGACAAGAUAAUGUAAGGCUUUGCUGUCAAUCUUAGGUCAUUUAUGGUUAGUCAAGGCUCAAGAUAACACUGUCAGACAAACACUAGCGCUGCUGCUUUUGGUUGUGCAUUUUACCUUUUACAAUAGCUUGCGUCGCUGCUAGAUGUUUAAAUUAAUUUUUUUCACACUCUAAUUUAAGAGCACUUAAGAGGAUUUGUCAAUUAAAACCAAUAAAAAGUUUACUUUGUA